GUCAAUGAGCAUCGUUGUAAAAUGCAUCCUGAUCCAAGAUCAGGAAUUUGAAUGCGUUUUUACUUUCAAGAUUCACGUUGUGUAAAAUUCUGCCACCACUUCCGCAUUGAGAUCUUGACAAACUAGCUUAUCAUGGCAGUGGGCCUAAUAUCGUAUCAGACGUUGAGUUGUCGAUUGUUAAACCGUAUGAUUUCGCACCAAAGCGUGAGCACAAUCUGCAACUUUACACGCGCUUUAUCGAGAAGGACUAGCUCUCCGUACGCAGAUCUCUCACCACGGACAGUCCACCGUCUGGUAAAUCUAUGCGGGAGUUGGACGUGCCGGACAUCACAGUGGAUGUCUUUUUACGACUCAAGAUCAUUCUCCUCUUUACCUCCACCGCCCCCUUCUGGUGAUAAAGCCAAAAAGACAGGGCCAGUGACUUGGAAAUCAUUAGCAAUAACAUUUGCAUUCGGGGGUGUUCUCCUUGCCGGAAUGAAAUAUUUCAAGAAGGAAAAAGAAGAAUUGAUUGAAAGAGAAAGGACAAAGUCAAUGGGGAAACCAGCACUUGGGGGUCCAUUCUCUCUUGUGGAUCAGAAUAAUAAACCCUGUAAAAGUGAGGAUUUCCUCAGCCAGUGGGUCCUUAUCUACUUUGGGUUUACACACUGCCCUGACAUCUGUCCUGAUGAAAUCGAGAAAAUGAUUGAGGUGGUGGAUGAAAUAGACAGGAUACAGUCUCUUCCAAACCUGACCCCCAUCCUCAUCACCAUUGAUCCUGACAGGGACACACCUGAGGCCAUGGGGACAUAUGUGAAAGAGUUCUCCCCUAAGCUCAUUGGCCUGACUGGGACAAUGGCCCAAAUUGACCAGGUCUCUCGAGCCUACAGAGUCUACUACAGCCAGGGACCAAAGGAUGAAGACAACGACUACAUUGUUGAUCACACAAUCAUCAUGUACCUGGUUGGUCCGGACGGAGAGUUCAAAGAGUAUUUUGGACAGAACAAGAGGAGCGCUGAGAUCUCCUCUUCCAUUGCAUCACACAUGAGGAAGUACAAGAAGGGGAAUUAAGAGUCACUGGCAGCAGAGAACUGUAAGGAAAGGCGGCCAAAUGAGGUGUUGGCUUUGGGGAUGAUCAGUGAGAUAUACCUGCUGGAACGUGUGCUACAGGUGAGUGUUGUUAUCGUGACCAGUGAACUGAGAUAAGGCGGAGCUUUACCUAGCAUAGAGUUAUAGAUGACUUGGAGCCAGUGGGUCUGGCGACGAAUAUGCAGCGAGGGCCAGCCGACUAGAGCAUACAGGUCGCAGUGGGUGGUAUAAGGUGAUUUGGUAACAAAACGGAUGGCACUGUGAUAGACUGCAUCCAGUUUGCUGAGUAGAAUGUUGGAAGCUAUUUUGUAGACGACAUCGCCGAAGUCGAGGAUCGGUAAGAUAGUCAGUUUUACUAGGGUAAGUUUGGUGGCGUGAGUGAAGGAGGCUUUGUUGUGAAAUAGAAAGCCGAUUCUAGAUUUGAUUUUGGAUUGGAGAUGUCUAAUAUAAGUCUGGAAGGAGAGUUUACAGUUUAGCCAGACACUUAGGUAUUUAUAGUUGUCCACAUAUUCUAGGUCGGAACCGUCCAGGGUGGUGAUGCUAGUCGGGCAGGCAGGUGCGGGCAGCGAACGGUUGAAAAGCAUGCAUUUGGUUUUACUAGCGUUUAAGAGCAAUUGGAGGCCACGGAAGGUGUGUUGUAUGGCAUUGAAGCUCGUUUGGAGGUUAGUCAGCACAGUGUCCAAGGAAGGGCCAGAAGUAUACAGAAUGGUGUCGUCUGCGUAAAGGUGGAUCAGGGAAUCGCCCGCAGCAAGAGCGACAUCAUUGAUAUAUACAGAGAAAAGAGUCUGCCUGAGAAUUGAAUCCUGUGGUACCCCCAUAGAAACUGCCAGAGGUCCGGACAACAUGCCCUCCGAUUUGACACACUGAACUCUGUCUGCAAAGUAGUUGGUGAACCAGGCGAGGCAGUCAUUAGAAAAACCAAGGCUAUUGAGUCUGCCGAUAAGAAUUCGGUGAUUGACAGAGUCGAAAGCCUUGGCCAGGUCGAUGAAGACGGCUGCACAGUACUGUCUUUUAUCGAUGGCGGUUAUGAUAUCGUUUAGUACCUUGAGAGUGGCUGAGGUGCACCCGUUCGGCAGAGGUGCACCCGACCGGUUCGGAAGCCGGAUUGCACAGCGGAGAAGGUAUGAUGGGAUUCGAAAUGGUCAGUAAUCUAUUUAUUAACUUGGCUUUCAAAGACUUUAGAUAGGCAGGGCAGGAUGGAUAUAGGUCUGUAACAGUUUGGGUCUAGGGUGUCACCCCCUUUGAAGAGGGGGAUGACCGAGGCAGCUUUCCAAUCUUUAGGGAUCUCGGACGAUACGAAAGAGAGGUUGAACAGGCUGGUAAUAGGGGUUGCAACAAUGGCGGCGGAUAGUUUUAGAAAGAGAGGGUCCAGAUUGUCUAGCCCAGCUGAUUUGUACGGGUCCAGGUUUUUCAGCUCUUUCAGAACAUCUACGGUCUGGAUUUGGGUAAAGGAGAAGCUGGGGAUGCUUGGGCGAGUAGCUGCGGGGGAGGCGGAGUUGUUUGCCAGGGUUGGAGUAGCCAGGAGGAAGGCAUGGCCAGCCGUUGAGGAAUGCUUAUUGAAAUGUUCGAUUAUCAUGGAUUUAUCAGUGGUGACCAUGUUACCUAGCCUCAGUGCAGUGGGCAGCUGGGAGGAGGUGCUCUUGUUCUCCGUGGACUUUACAGUGUCCCAAAACUUUUUGGAGUUAGAGCUACAGGAUGUGGAUUUCUGCUUGAAAAAGCCAACCUUUGCUUUCCUGACUGCGUGUAUUGGUUUCUGACUUCCCUGAACAGUUGCAUAUCGUGGGGACUAUUCGAUGCUAUUGCAUUCCGCCACAGGAUGUUUUUGUGCUGGUCAAGGGCAGUCAGGUCUGCAGUGAACCAAGGGCUAUAUCUGUUCUUGGUUCUGCAUUUUUUGUACGGGGCAUGCUUAUCUAAGAUGGUGAGGAAAUUACUUUUAAAGAAUGACCAGGCAUCCUCGACUAACGGGAUGAGGUCAAUAUCCUUCCAGAAUACCCGGGCCAGGUCAAUUAGAAAGGCCUGCUCGCAGAAGUGUUUUAGGGAGCGUUUGACAGUGAUGAGGGGUGGUCGUUUGAUUGCGGGCCCAUAGCGGAUACAGGCAAUGAGGCAGUGAUCCUUGAGAUCCUGAUUGAAAACAGCGGAGGUGUAUUUGGAGGGCAAGUCAUGCCGUCCCUGGAAGGGGUGCGUCACCUGAGUGGGUUGAUUCACUGAUGUGGUCAUCCUGUCUGGGUUGGCGCCCCCCCUUGGGUUGUGCCAUGGCGGAGAUCUUUGUGGGCUAUACUCAGCCUUAUCUCAGGAUGGUAAGUUGGUGGUUGAAGAUAUCCCUCUAAUGGUGUGGGGGCUGUGCUUUGGCAAAGUGGGUGGGGUUAUAUCUUUCCUGUUUGGCCCUGUCCGGGGGUGUCCUCGGAUGGGGCCACAGUGUCUCCUGACCCCUCCUGUCUCAGCCUCCAGUAUUUAUGCUGCAGUAGUUUAUGUGUCGGGG